GUUAAGCAAACUGUAGAAAAAGGAAACAACACGUCAACAUUUGUCCUUUAAAGCAACUUCUAGCAUUCUCUAUGUUGUUAUUUUUUCUCCAGUUUGUCCCCGAAAAUGUGACUGCUUUUGGUUUUUUUUUUUUUUUUUUGCAUGCAUUUUUCUUCUGGGUUAUACCCUCUCCUAUGUAGAAGGGUUCUUUGCAUCCCCGUAGGUGAGGCCACCACGCAAAAACGCCUUUGCACAUGCGCAUGAAUACAAAAUGAGCACAUGGUGAUGUACACUUAUAGGAUACCCCCCUUACGUAAUUUUUGCCAAGCAAAACUGUGUACCCUCUUAUAUCGUAUAAAAUCACCAUGAGCGGAAAAAAAACAGCCUUAGUUGUGGUGGCAUCCGGAUCGGAAGAUGUGGAAUAUAUUACAACGGUCGAUGUGCUAAGGAGAGCUAACAUCAGCGUGACAACAGCGUCCGUGGAGGAAACGGAAAAGGUGUGCCUGCAGUCGAAGAACGUGGUAAUUGCGGACACGACAAUUGACAAGGUAAAGGAUAACACCUUUGACGUAAUUGUCAUUCCAGGGGGCAUGAAAGGAUCGAACGCAAUAUCAAAUUGCCCAACCGUUAUUGAAAUGUUGAAGGUGCAGAAAAGCAGCAACAAAUUUUAUGCGGCCAUAUGUGCAGCCCCUGAAACUGUCCUACAUCGCCAUUCCCUAAUUGAUGACGUUGAGGCAGUAGCAUACCCAUCGUUCGAAAGCGAUUUCAAGCAUAUCGGCAAGGGAAGAGUGUGCGUAUCAAAGAACUGUAUAACCUCUGUUGGCCCCGGAUCUGCCGUCGAAUUUGCCCUUAAAAUUGUCGAAAUGUUGUUAAGCAGAGAUGCAGCUCUUAACCUUGCCAGCGGUUUUUUACUUCACCCCUCUGUGACGUUUUAAUGUACCAUACGGCUUUGCUGAUUGAUGCGGAGGUGUAUGGAUAGAAAAGCGCGCACCCUAACCUGCAUGGCGUAAAUGUGUCUUUAAGCGCGCGCUGAAAGUGCUAGCAUAAAAGGGUAUAUCUGCACAUAUACAUAUACACACGUACAUGCAUACGUAUAUGCAUACAUACUUACAUACCCUUGUACGUGUACAUGUUCUCCCCGUGUGCAUCCCUCGAUCGGAAAAAACUGCUAAGGAACACCUUUGAACAUACCCUUUUUAAACGGAAGCCAUUUUGAACAAACGCUAACUUUUACGCAAAGGAAAAGGUGUUUUAAUAAGAUCCCCAUG